AUGCAACUCUUCCUGAAAGAGGAAUUAGAUGCUCUCCGUGCUCAGAAGCAGUCGAAGGCUCCCACUCCAAUCAACAAACAAGGAUCAAUUAGUUCUAACAAUUUUUUUACUCCAUCCAACAACCAAGGGCCGAUGGGAUCUAACAGUACUACUACUCCAACUACACCGACAAUCACCACCACACAAGUUGGAAAAAACAUCGAAUUAAUUUUGAAGAAGGAAUAA